AUGAAUCUGGUGCUGAGAAAAUGUCUUCUGUGUGUGUCUGUGUUAUGUGCUGUCCUGGCGAUGGUGACCACAGAAGGAUCCAGAAACAAGGACUGGUUUGGUGUCUCAAGGCAGUUCAGAACUAAAUCCUGGAACAAGCAACUGUAUCCAGAGUGGACAGAAAACCAAGGUCGUGAUUGCUGGAGAGGUGGCCCAGUUUCCCUGAAGGUCAGUAAUGAUGGACCUACACUGAUCGGGGCAAAUGCUUCCUUCUCUAUUGCCCUGCUCUUCCCUGAGAGCCAAAAGGUGCAGGUGGAUGGGCAAGUCAUCUGGGCCAAUGACUCCAUCAUCAAUGGAAGCCAAGUGUGGGGGGGACAGCCAGUGUAUCCUCAAGACCCCGAUGAUGCCUGCAUCUUCCCUGAUGGAGGACCCUGCCCUCCUGGCCCUUGGUCUCAGAGGAGAAGCUUCGUUUAUGUCUGGAAGACCUGGGGCCAAUACUGGCAGGUGCUGGGAGGCCCGGAGUCAGGACUGAGCAUCGGGACGGGGGCAAACGUAGCGUUAGGCUCACAUAUCAUGGAAGUGACCGUCUACCACCGCCGGGGCCACCGGAGCUACGUGCCCCUUGCUUACUCCCGCUCGGCCUUCACCAUUACAGAUCAGGUCCCCUUCUCUGUGAGUGUGUCCCAGCUGCAGGCCUUGGAUGGAGGGAACAAGCACUUCCUGAGAAAUCAACCUCUGACUUUUGCCCUCCAGCUCCAUGACCCCAGUGGCUAUUUGGCUCAGGCUGACCUCUCCUACACAUGGGACUUCGGAGAUAGCACUGGCACUCUGAUCUCCCGGGCACAUGUGGUCACUCACACUUACCUGGAGUCCGGCCCCGUCACGGCCCGGGUGGUGCUCCAGGCUGCCAUCCCGCUCACCCCCUGUGGCUCCUCCCCAGUGCCAGGCACCACAGAUGGGAAUGUGCCGACCGCCGAGGCCCCUGGCACCACAGCUGGGGAAGGGCCAACUGCCGAGGCCCCUGGCACCACAGCUGGGGAAGGGCCGACUGCAGGACUUGUCAGUACUCCGCCUGGUCAGGUAUCAACUGCAGUGCCGUUUGGAACCACAGCAGCGCUGGUACCCACGGCAGAGAGCACCAACAGCACACCUGGGCAAGUGCCAACCUCAGAGGUCGUUGGUACCACACCUGCAGCAGCACCAACUGCCGAGGCUGGAGGUUCCACUUCUGAAGUGCCGACUGCAGAACCCUCUGGAGCCACAACUGCACCGGUAAUAACUUCGGCGCUGGGGGACACCACAGCUGGGGAGGUGCCCAGUCCAGAGAGCGAGGGUCCAACACUCACAUCUCCAGAGGCGGUAACAGACUCCCAGAGCCCCCUGCUGGAAGACACAGCCACUUUAAUCUUGGUGAAGCGACAAGUCCCCCUGGAUUGUGUUCUGUAUCGAUAUGGCUCCUUUUCCCUCACCCUGGAUAUUGUCCAGGGUAUUGAAAGCGCUGAGAUCCUGCAGGCUCUGCCUUCCAGUGACGGAGAUGCAUUUGAACUGACUGUGUCCUGCCAAGGCGGGUUGCCCCAGGAAGCCUGUAUGGAUAUCUCGUCACCAGGGUGCCAGCCUCCUGCCCAGAGGCUGUGUCAGCCCGUGCCACCCAGCCCAGCCUGCCAACUGGUUCUGCACCAGGCCCUGACGGGUGGCUCAGGGACCUACUGCCUCAAUGUAUCUUUGGCUGAUGCCAACAGUCUGGCAAUGGUCAGCACCCAGCUUGUGAUGCCUGCUCUUCCUGUGAUUCUGCUCACAGGCCAGACAGCAGGCCCUGGGAAGGCCCCUCUGGUCCUGGGCAUGGUGCUGGUGCUGAUGGCUAUGGUGCUUGCGUCUGUGAUCUAUAGGCACAGACUCAGGAAGCGGGGCGCCCCGCCCACGCUGCCCCCACUGACACAGCGCACCACCCACUGGCUGCGGAUGCCUCAAUUCUUCCGUUCUUGCCCCACUGGUGAGAACAGCCCCCUUCUCCAUGGGCAGCAGGUCUGA